AUGGACAAAUCAGAAGUGAACAAAACAUUGAUGUCUCAUUAUAUAAGGCCAAGCACGACAGAUGAUGACACAUAUUCAUAUCCAGUUAAUUGGAAUGAUAAACCAAGCAUUAAUCAAGUCACUUUUAGAGCCACUAUUAUAGGAAUCUUAAUUGGUUCUGCCGUCCUAGUGUCUAAUUUCCAAUUUGGACUACAAACGGGCUGGGUAUCCAUGAUGUCGUUACCAUCUGCUUUACUAGCUGUAGCCUUUUUUAAACAAGUAUGGCCAUUAAUAAGAUCAAAUGAUCAAAUAUUUACUGAUGUCGAAACUGUAUAUGUACAAAGUAUGGCUGUAGCCAUUGGCACAGGCCCUUUAACUUUUGGAUUUGUUGGUGUGAUCCCUGCAAUAGAGAAAUUCAUUACUCCUCAAGAAAGUGGAUAUACAAGAGACACAAAUGAAUCAUUUUCAUUCACACAAUUAAUUAUAUGGUGUACUUCAUUAGCAUUUUUUGGUAUAUUUUUUGCUGUACCAUUAAGGAAACAAAUGAUUGUUAGAGAAAAAUUACCAUUCCCAAGUGGUUCAGCUACAGCUGUCUUAAUAUCUGUUCUUACAGGAUCUGAAAUUGUUCAAGAAGUGUCUAAGAACGAAUUAAUUGAAAUGAGAAAUAGACGUCUACAAGCCGAAUGUGCUGAAGUACUUAGGAUAAAUAAUGAAGAAUUGAAAAAAAGAUGUCGAUGUAAAGAUUAUGGAACGACAGAUUUGUUCAAGAUGAGAUCUAUCUGCAACGAAUUACUUAGUCAAAAUAACAAAUCCUCUUCACCUUCUAUAACGCCUCCAACAAUAUUGUUAAGAGAACCGGAAGAUUCAACAAUUGUUAACAAUUUGGAAGAAGAGGAGGAUUUGACAUACACAGAAAACAUCACAAUUUUGACGAAGACUUUUUUAAUUGCAUCUUUUUAUACAAUAGUAUCAUAUUUUAUUCCCUUAAUAAGCUCAUUACCAAUCUUUGGCAAUUAUUUGUCUAAAACGUACCUUUGGAAUUUCCAACCAUCUCCAGCAUAUAUUGGACAAGGUAUAAUUAUGGGUCUCCCUACAGUUUCAUACAUGCUAUUUGGUGCAAUACUUGGUUGGGGAAUACUAGCACCAUUAGCGCGUUUUAUGGGAUGGAUCCCAGCAGACGCUGAUGUACAUGAUUGGGAUAAAGGUGUUCAAGGAUGGAUACUGUGGUGUUCUUUAUCCAUUAUGGUAGUUGACAGUGUUGUAGGAUUUAUUGUAAUUACAGUGAAAUCUGUGAUAAAGUUUUGGUUUAUAAACAAUAAAUCUGAAUUAUUCAGUAAUUUAUUGGAUGAUUCAAUGGAAUCUAUGCUUUUAGAGGAGGAAAGAGCAAUAAAUAUUAAGAGAAGAAGAACUAGUUCAAGACGUCUAGAGACCAUCAGGUUGGCUAAUGCAGAAUUAGAACACGAGGUAGAUUCUAAAUAUCUAGUUCAUUGUACUACUGUAAUAAGUGGGUUAAUAAUAUCUGCCAGUUCAUGUAUUGUAUUUGUCAUAUAUCUAUUUGGAAUAGAUAUAAUCCCUGUAUACACAAUGGUUACAGCAUCGAUCUUAGCUUUAUUCUUAUCGAUUUUAGGUAUUCGUGCACUUGGUGAGACUGAUUUAAAUCCUGUCAGUGGAAUAGGUAAGUUAUCCCAAUUAAUAUUUGCAUUUAUUGUGCCCAAGAACCAUCCCGGUUCAGUUCUAUUAAACAUUGUAGCUGGUGGGAUAGCAGAAGCAGGUGCACAACAAGCAGGUGAUUUAAUGCAAGAUUUGAAGACUGGCCAUUUAUUAAAUGCGUCACCUAGAGCACAGUUCAUUGCACAACUGAUUGGUGGGGUAUGGUCAAUAUUUCUUUCAAGCAUAGUAUACAUCAUCUAUAAUAAAGUUUAUAAUUUACCAAACGAGGUCAUUCGUAUCCCAACUGCUGCAGUAUGGGUAGAUUGUGCAAGACUUGUGACUGGGAAUUCCUUACCUGAUAAAGCACUAGAAUGUUCAAUUGUGUUUGGAACAAUAUUUGCAUUUUUAUCAUUAAUUAAGAAUUGUUACAAAGAUAAUGAUAAACUAGCACCAUGGCUAAUGUAUAUACCCUCUGGUGUUGCAGUGGGCGUUGGGAUAUAUAAUGCACCAAGCUUCACCAUAGCAAGAUUUGUAGGUGGAUUAAUUUCACAUUUCUGGUUAACAAGAUACAAAGGUGAUUUAGAUGCAAAGACUAGAUUGAUAGUGUUCAGUUCAGGGUUAGUAUUAGGUGAAGGUAUAAUGAGUAUUGUUACAAUGAUUUUUACUAGUUUAGACGUCCCUCGUUGGAUGUGA